AGGAUCGUCAAGCUGCAGGAGCUCUCUGGACUGGAGGGUGAGGCUCCCCCGGUGCCCGGGCAGAGGCCGAGCCUCAGGUUCCUCUGCGCUGUUGAAGUGGUACUGCCGCUGUACGGGUGCAGGAGCCCUGGAGUCGGCGUCGCUGAGGAACCUCUGCACCAGCUGGAGGAAGGACAGUCAUCAUUUCUGAUAAAGAGGAAGACAGCUCAGAAGCUCGCUGUCCAGAGUGCUUUGUCAGAUGCCUUCCAGAAACUGGCCAUCGUGGUUCUGGGUGAGCCUUUCUUGAUUAUCCCAAGUGCUUGACUCUCGGUGAGCUAAAAGGUCAUUUUAAAGCAUAAAUAGUGUGAAAAUGCUGUUGUCUGGAACUUUCAUUCAGGGAACUCUUCCAUGGCAGUGGGCUCAGGUUUGUUCCUUAUCAUGUUUAUGAGAAAAGUGACAGCAAACUGUCUUGUUCCUUAGGUAUAGAAGUCAAAGGGUUUGCCUCAUCACUGGCGUUUCUCUUUUGCUUGCCUGUCACUAAUAGGGUUUAUGAGCUUUGGAUUCUGGGUUUGCCUGCUGAUUUUCUCUGUCAUAGUGACCUGUAGACUCCCUAAGCUGCCCUCUCAUCUGCAAAACAGGCUAGAGGUUCUUCUUACCUCAUAGGGACACCAUAAGAGUAAAUGAAAUGCCGAGAGUGAAAAAGCACAGGCUCUGCUUACCUGAAAAGCCGGAAGUCUGUUAAUUAUCACUGUUCCCUUCUCUCUUAAAAAGUGAACAGCUGGACCAAGAGUUCAGUUUUGCACUUACAUGUAUAUAAAUAUGUGUACAUUGUGUGUGGACACCAACAGACACAAAACUUUUAAAACUUAAUCCUGGUGAUGAGGAGACAACUCAACAGUAAAGAUUCACACCACUCCUCCUCCAGAGGAUCCAAGUUCGAUUCCCAGCGCCCACAUCAGGUGGCUCAACAAGCACCUCUAAGGACAUUUGCACUCAUGUGCACAUGUCUUCACACAGACACAUAAGCACAUACAUGUACAUAGCCUAAAAAUAAUAAAAUGAGUAAAUCUUAAAUAGCAAAUAGAAGAGAAUUUCUCUUUUUCUGAGCAUGGUGGUACAUGCCCUUGAUCUUAGCACUUAGGGGUGUGAAACAGGAAGAUUAUGAGUUUGAGGCCAGCCUAUGCUACAUAGUGUCUCAAAUAUGAAAUCUUCGGCUCGUUUUCACUUGUGGUGCUGACAUACGAGGUUGGCA